AUGCCUGGUGAGAGGAAUGAAAGGACAGAACUGAAGAGCUCAGCUGAUUGGCUGGAGACUCACAGUCUACAUCACUGUGGUCUCACGCUGUCUCACCUGCUCUCCCUAUGUUCUCACAGUCAACAGGCUGGGGGAUGCGACAGGUCCAGCAGACAACUCUGGAUCAGUGCUACGGCUCUCCAAGACUUUGAGCUUCAGCUUUACCGAGCGAUCGAGAUGUACCACAGCAGGAUUCAGUGGCUCAGCCAAGAUAGCAUGAGGGUGUUUGGGGUGGUGAAAGGAUCCAAGCUUGGUGUUUUGAUUGACACAUCUGAUGUCAGCUCCUCCUCAGACAGACUACCAGAUCUUCAGCACAACCUCUUACGUCUUAUAGAGGAACAGUUGUGUGCAAAGGAGCAGCUGUACCUGAUGUCUUUUAAUACAGAAGUCAACAGUCUUCGGCAUGAACCCAGAGAUGUGAAUGCAGUCAGGCUGCAGGAAGCUCGUGAGUGGGUUUUGAAGCUGGAUGCUGCUGGAGGUUGUAACCUGCUAGAGGCAGUGAAGAGAGCUCUGACCCACACACAGCUCAACUCCCUACUGAUCAUCCUCAACUCCUGCCCUGCACAACACACAGAUGUUGUCUGUGAUUACCUAUCCCAGUGCAUGCUGGGAAGGGAUCUAGCAGUCCACUCUGUAGCCUACAACAGCAGCAGAGCUGAGACUAUACACACUGUGAAAAGACUGGCUUCAGCUACAGGAGGGCAAUAUCACCUCUUUUCUGCUGCUUUGGGUGUAGUAGAGGGCAGUACUGAUCUGGAUCUUCUUUGGGGGGAGAUUAAAGCAGCGCGGGAGGUGCUUUGCAAUGUUGAGAAGAUGCAACAGUGUCUAACCAAAGACCCAAUGCUCACUCUCUCAGGAGAGGUCUUAACAGAUUUGGAGCGGCUGCAGCUGUGUGACUCAGGUCUAAUCCCACACACUCACGCUGCACCCCUAAACAUUCAGCCCGCAGAACCACUGCCCACAACCUCUUCUGACUGGCUGGAGACUCAUGGCCUAAGCGCUCAGAGGCUGGAUUUGUAUCAGCUUUUGGCUCCUAAUGCAUACUCUCCACUCAAGGAGUUUGUGCCUAUACUUGGAAAAACAGUCUCCUCUACGGUGCAUGAGAGAGCCAUGGAUCAAUGUGAGUGGCACGACAGAACAGUGAAAAACGUUCAUGUGAAUCUGCCCUUGCUUUACAACUACCAGAGGCAGCUGGGUCAUGCAAUGGCUAUGCUGGAGAGGAGAAUUUUGUGGUUAAGCAGCACUAACAGCAGGCAGAUCUGGGGUUCAGUAUGUGAACAAAGGGUGAAUAUUCUGGUGGAGAUGUCCAGUCUGAAUGUCCACUACAGACCAUACAUUCAACACUUUCUCAGACUACUACUGCAGGAGCAGCUUGCCAACACACAGUACUUCAAUGUUAUUCUCUUUGGUUCAGACAUCGUUCAGUGGAAGGAACAAGCAGUUCCCUCAGAACCAGAGAAUCUCCAGGCUGUCUGGCAGUGGAUGCGGUGCAGGGAGUUUGAAGGUGGGCGCGACACACUGAAAGCUCUAAGAUUUGUCCUGGGGGGGCCACCAGAAGAGGAGGAGUCCUCUCUAUCUGGCGGCAUCUACCUUCUCACCAGCGGAGUGCCUGAGGAGGAAAUGGCUGUCGCGGCUGAAUACAUUUCUGAGAGGUGCAGCGUCAGACGCCAGAAACUUCACGUGUGCCUGUUUACAGGCGAGGACAUGCCCAGCUGCCCUCUGCCAUGCUAUGCCACGCCGGCUGACAAUGCCACAGCACUGCAUCAGCUGGCACAUGCUGGCAACGGACGAUUUCACUGGGUCAGCACGACAGGUAUCAUAGAGAGUGAUGACAUUAGAAUUUUAAUUGAUGAAAUGGAAAAGGCUGUUAAUUACUGGGAGAAGGCCUCUUUGUUGGUGGACUCUUUGACCCAGCGAUGUAGAGGCAGUGCUCCAGAAGAGAGCCUCUCUCCAACAGAAAGUGUCUUAGCCCUGAGCACUCAGUCCAGGGGACGCAGGGAGAGACUGCCCCCUCCCCGACACACGACACUCACUCAAGCCAGAUUGUUACUUAAAGAAAAGAGUCAGUCACCACAGGCAGCAAAAACAUGGAGACCCAACAGUGCCAAGGCAAACAUUCCUCCAGCACGGCCAGUGCACGGAUGGGGACCAGUGGAUUCUGUCUCCCUCUCCAAACAGAGGGGAGUCAAAGUGUCUCAGUCUGUCUUUUACAUGGAGGAUGGGCAACUGGGGAUGGUCUUUAAGACUUACUCCAAACCAAAGAGUGUCUGGAAGUUGAUCACCCCUCUCAAACUUCCCAAGACAGAAGAGAUAUGCUCUACUAAACGGUGGCUGAAGCGGUUCGGUAUUAAUAAACUAAAGUUGGACUUACACAAGCUGGUGUCUGGACCUGAAUGUACCCAUCAGAAGACGCUGGUACCAGCCAUCCGCAAAACAGUCUCUGCCCAGUACUGCUGCAUCUUCCCCAGUGUCCAGCUCAAUGGAAGAGUUUGUCACUUGCGGCUGAGCUGUGGAGAACUGAGGCAGUACCUCACAGAAACAGACAGACUGCUCCGUAGAUACUGUCAGAGGAUGCAGUGGCUGCUGAAAGGCAGCAGGUGUGUGUUUGGGACAGUGCUGGAGAAAGCUGUGUGUAUUUUGCUGGACAUAUCUGGUUCUAUGGCCCCUUGUCUUCCUCAGCUGAAGAGAGACCUGGGCUCUCUUAUCUGGGAGCAGCUACAUAAGCAGAGAGUGAGGUUCUCCCUGGUGGCGUUUUCUGGUGAGAUUAGAGUGUGGAGGUUUACACUGACUGAGGCGUCUGAUGAAGAGUGUCGAGACGCGGUGCAGUGGUUGGAGCAGCUGACAACUCACGGCGCCACAUCCACUGUGGAGGCACUGCAGACUGCCUGCGGUUUCGCAGAUUCUCUUGGCGUGUAUAUGAUCAGUGAUGGAAGGCCGGAGUCCAGUUGCAGUCUGGUUCUGCGUGAAACAGAGAGACUGACAGCAGAGAAACACAUCACCAUCCACACUGUCUCAGUCAAUGAUCAGGACAGCACAGCUAAUGAAUUCCUGCAGAACCUGGCCCAUAUGACAGGAGGUCGAUUUCAUUGUACCCCAGCGGAGGCUGAUGCCCGUGCUGCCAAUAAAGUUUUAGCAGACGGCUUCAGAGAGGGAGAGGAGCCGGAGCUCCCAGAGUUCCAGAGUGACGACCUCAGACGUCUGAAAGAGGAGAUUGACAAGUUGAGACUGUUCCAGCAGCAAGCUAAAGUUUUCAGGUUGAUGUUUUUUUACAUCUCGUUGUAA